AGCUUUACGGAAUGUGGCCAUUUUGAAAAUGUCAGUAACAGACACAGAGGCGAAGUACUUGGCUUAGAAACAAGGCUCUUAGUGACUGUACCUGCGCUGGUUUUGGCGUUAUAUGUUCACGAGUCUUUUACAGUAGAGGACAGGUGCUAAACUUUGAUAGCAAACGAGGAAAUGAAGAGGACUUUCACUCUUCAGCCAACCUAGCCUAGUCAACCGUUUCGAAGUGAUGUAGACAACACAACACAAAUGCUCUGCUUCAUCACAGCGACAUUUCGGUAACGAUGAGGCCCUUUUUGACACUAGUCAGAAAUGCAGCCUCGUUGGUUUCAACUCGAGCAGUGUGCUCUGAAUCAGGGAGCAAAUGGAUCAAACCAGCAGGUCGUGACACCGGCUUAAAGACAUACAACAGCCUCACCAGACAGAAGGAGCCUUUGGUUUUGGCUAAAGAAGGAGUAGCAACCUGGUACAGCUGUGGACCCACAGUUUAUGACCAUGCCCACCUUGGCCAUGCGUGCUCCUAUGUCAGAUUUGACAUUCUGCAAAGGAUUCUGACCAGGCUGUUCGGAAUAAACGUAACUCAUGUCAUGGUCAUCACGGACAUCGAUGACAAGAUCAUACAAAGGGGCCUUGAGGAGAACGUCUCACCUUUUGUGCUUGCCAGAAUGUAUGAAGAGGAGUUUAAAAGAGAUAUGAUGGCUCUCAAGGUGCUUCCCCCGGCGGUGUACAUGAGAGUCACAGAGAACAUACCUCAGAUUGUAGCUUUUAUAGAAGGCAUCAUCAGCAAUGGCCAUGCUUAUGCCACAGGUCAAGGAGAUGUCUACUUUGAUACUAGAUCCAUUGGUAGUCGUUACGGCAAGCUGGUGAACUUUGGAGAUGCUGCUGAGGCACCAGGGGUCAAGGAGAAAAGGGACCCCCGGGACUUUGCCCUGUGGAAGGCCUCUAAACCACAGGAACCUUACUGGAUGUCUCCAUGGGGAAGGGGAAGACCUGGCUGGCACAUUGAAUGCUCCACCAUUGCUAGCUCUGUGUUUGGGAGCCAGUUGGAUAUCCACUCAGGAGGUCUAGACUUGGCCUUUCCUCAUCAUGAGAAUGAAAUAGCUCAGUGUGAGGCCUACCACAAGUGUGACCAAUGGGGAAACUAUUUUCUGCACUCAGGGCACCUCCAUUUGAAAGGCAGUUCAGAAAAGAUGUCUAAGUCUUUGAAGAAUUAUAUCACAAUAAAGGAUUAUUUACAGUCCCACAGUGCCAAUGAGUUCAGACUGUUUUGUCUGUUAACCAAGUACAGAUCAGCAAUCGACUACAGCGAUGCCAGUAUGAACGAGGCUCGUUCCACACUGUCCGCCAUCUCUGCCUUUAUCCACAAUGCCCAGGGCUACAUGCAGGGGCAGUUACUGUGCCAAACCAUACAGGAGAGCUUUUUAUGGGAGAGGUUAUCAGCUGCGCAGGCCAGUGUCCUGAGUGCACUAGCAGAUGAUUUUGACACACCAAAAGCGAUGGAUGCAAUCAUGAGUCUCAUUUACCAUGGCAACUGUCAGCUUCAGCCUGUUACCAAGUCUAACGGGACCUCUAGGAGUCCAGCAGUUUUUGGAGCGAUGCUGACUUACAUUAGAGAUAUCAUGGACGUCCUUGGAGUUGAUCUCUUGGACAGAAAGGAGUUCCACGAUGACUUAUCUGGUGUUCUUCACAACGUGGUGGAGCAGCUGGUGCGUUUCCGCAGCGAGGUUCGAAACUUUGCCCUUUCUGUGGAGGGCCAAGCCACACAAGACCUUCAGAACAGUGUCCAGCCCCCAAGAAAGAAGCCUCAUCCAGACAGAGUACCCUUAUUGAAGGCCUGUGAUGCCCUACGGAAGGAUCUAGUGCCCUUAGGAGUACAGAUUAAGGACAGGGGAACCACCUCCACAUGGGAGAUCACACAGCAACAGAAGGAGAUUAAAGACAAGAAAAGUUAGAAUCCACUUCAGCCUAAUAUGGACCACAAUGGGACUGCAGUUCAUGGCAUUGUAACUAAUCAAGACCAUAGAUGAUCAGUUUUUGUUCAGUUGUAUUUAUCUGUAGUCUGAGUGCCAACUUUGCAUUGGCAGACUGAUAAAGCACUUUGCGAUCUCAGUGCACUCAACCUCUGAGAGACUCUUCAAUUGUCGUCUGUGAUGAUGAUCGCUGUAAUUUGCCAAAAGUGAAUGUAAAAUAUUUCUGUAACUCAGAAUGAUCAAUGCCUCAUCUCUAAUAGCCGCACUUGCUGUUAUGUUCUAUAAAUAUAUUUCACACACACAGCCCACAAAAACAAAAGGCAUUAUCAUCACAAAGCCUCAGUAUCAGAAAAAACUCUUAGUCUGUUGUUUUGUGGUCUGAAUGACUAACUCAUGAUCAAGUCAUUGUCUCAACAUUAAAGGGCCCACAUCUUUUUUCCUUUA